GCCGCGAUCAGACCUCCUUGCAAGGCCGGAACUGCGCCGGAUGCGGUCGCUAGGUUUCGACGUCACAACAACUGUUUUCGUCGUGGUUUUAAUUUGUUUACAGCCACCGAUUGUCGAUUGGAAAUUUAGCUUAUGUCAGGGAAAAUCCCUUUCCCCUUCCACCGUUCCUAACGACAACUUCUCCCGCUCGCGCUCGCGUUGUUUAGUGUGAUAGUGGUGAAGAAUACAAAAAAAGAGGAAAACAAAAACGCAAGGAGAAAAUUAGGAAGCAGUAGCCCAUCCAAACCAGUGCAGUGUGAUGGUAGUGGUUCGAGAUUGAUUUUACUUUCCUCGAUCGGUAAAAGCGGUGACAUUCUUUGAGAGUUGCAAAUUGCGGCAUAGCCAUUGGCCAUCUCUGCAGAGAAGCUGUAAGCUGUUGUUGUUGUACUUGUUAUUUUCUGCUCUGUUUUUUUUUGCUGUGGAGUUAUAAGCUCUUUUGCAACGCAUGGAAGAACUGCUUGAAGGGUUUUUCGUGUUGCUCAACUGAGAGACGGGAAGUUAUUAAACCGUUGGAAAAAGUACACAAUAUCUACUUCAUCAAUUCAGACCGAUUGUGUGGGGUGUUUAUGUAAAUGGAAACAAGUGUGAAUUAGCAGGAGAUUGUCAAACAUAAACAGUAAUGUUCGUGUUUUUGGAUCAGCGAAACAACGUUGCGUUCGAAGUGAUUUCUAGAUUGAAGAGGUUCGUCGCUUGAGGCCACUGAAAUAUUUGUGUAUCUUCAAAGUAUUUGGUAGUGUUGUUGGAUCUAUUGGCGCAUAUCUCGAAAGCCGUUCCGGGAUUACACAGGGAAAAAAAACAAAACGAAUGAUGUGAAAUGCCAUACAAAAACUAACAUACCACCAAACAAGGAAUACUAGCGUCUGCAUUGUUUCUUCCUCGAGCACCUGAUUUGCACAAUUUUGCAUCCCACCAAACACCUGCUGUUGGCUACUCGGAAAAUGUAAGAACCAUAAUGAGCACUGGAGCAACAAACAAAACACAUCAGCAUUAGCAGCACAGCAAAUCAUCCUCCGUUAGAGCAAGCUGUCGAAACUUCUACUUGGUUCUGUUACGGAAAGUAUAAUUAAAAGCCGUUUCUUUCGCGUGCAGAUUCAAAUAACCCGUCAAAUUGCGAACCAGUUCAAUAUUACUCUUUGAAUAUUCACCACCGAACGAUAUGAAAUUUAUUUAUAUCGACAAAGCAUAUCGGUAGCAAUAAAAAAGCAAUCAUAAUCCACCAUAAGCCACAGGUAAAGGAGCGCUUUCCAGCCACCCACACAAGAGACAGCAAUGACCACGGAUGACGAACCCGAAGACGCGAUGCAGUCGAAAGUCGGUCAGUGGAAGCAAUAGUGAGCAGAGAGCAGUGAACACAAGGAGCACUUGGUGGGAAUUAAUGAACAACAAUUAUCGACUACGAUCGAGUUCUGAGAAGUACCACGAUGGUGACCUACAAUAUGGACAACAACUCGCAGCGAAUGAGCAGACCGCGGCGCGGAUCCAGCGUCUCGUCCGGCUUCCGACUGCUGGACGCAGACCAGCUGGAUACGCUCUCGAGUGUGAGUCGUAACUCGAUCUAUAAACUGAAGAUCGAUGCAAUGUUCGACGACACGAGAUCGAUCAUCAGCCAACGGAUCGAUGAUCGUAGCUCGGUAAACCUUGUGCCAGGAGCCGGCGGUCGGCGCCGGUCAUCCUCGGUACAUGGUGGCGGCUCCAUUAUCGGCAAUGGCCGAACGGUUGGAACGAAUGGCACUGGAAGCGAUCGCGACCUUUUAAACAACCUCAACGAUUCGCGCACUGGCAGCGGUAGUAGUGGGUCUGGUCGAAAAGAAAGCAACAACUGUGUCCAGGCGCAAAUCGAACGAAUGUUCAAUGAUGUCGCCAAGGAGCAGAAUGGCGACGGUUCCACGCAGGCGGCAGCGAUAGGCGGGCAAAAUUUUUCCGUGCGCUGUCUUGGAUCAUUGCCACUCAAGGAUAAAGUCACCAGUUUGUUGGGUCUCCAGGAACCACUGUGGCAACUCUACCUGAGUGGGGCCGGACAUGGGACCCAAAACUCCGGUACAUUGGACAUCAGCGUGGCCGGUUUGCGAGUAAGGACAACCGGGGGUCGUGAGCCACUGCUGACUCCAUUUCAAAAUAUUGCCGUGUGGUCCGCCGUUAAAUUUGUCGUAUCUGUGGCGGAAGGUGGAGCCGCUUUUCUGCCUUUGAUCACCGAUCCGGAGAACAUUGAUAAACGAACGCUUUUCCGACCACUAAGCGCCGCGGAUAAGCGCAGACUAUCAUCCGGUCUCCAUUCACCGCUCUUUGCUGUUGUGAUGCGCUCUAGCGCAGCAUCUCGACAGCUUGAGUGCCAUGGUUUUGUCUGCCAAACGCCGGAAGAUGCAAUCGUCAUAGCUGCCACCCUCUAUCAGAGUUUGAUGGCACACAUGGGUAAUGGGGAAAACCAACGAUCCCGAAGGCCCAAAAACCGCAACGGAAUCAGCUGUAUGAGCAUUGCCAGCAGUGCUGCCACCACCAAUUUGAAUUUGCCAUCGGGUUCAGCCAAGGCUUCGUCGCGUAGAUCCAUCGCAAGCCAGAGAAGUCUGCUGCCACCACCGCCGAGACCUCCGAGAAAAUCCAAACGAACAGCAACCAGCUCAUUGAGCGGUGAAAGUGACACCAUGGCGGGAGCCAACGAAGAAACCUCAACCGAGGAACGCAGGAAACGAUUGCCAAAAGGAAAGCGACCUCCACUGCCGGCAAAUCCACCAAGAGCAAUUUCCAACCGUCCGGCACUAGACGAUAUCUACACCGAUAAUAGUCAGUCAAACGAGGACAACCCAGCGGAGUCCAAGGGAGGUGACAGCUCAUAUCCACCAGCACCAGAAAGCUGCGGCGGAGAUAUUUUCACGAGGGUAGCAAUUCCCCGUUCCGGCAGUUUUCUCAACACCGCCGGUCUCGCACGGUACAAAUCACGAGCGACGCGACGACACGCCGGCAAAGUUGGCGGAGGUGGUGGUUCCCCGCUUGGAUUCAGCGAACUGUUCAACGAGUUCCGGCUACAAGAGAACUUACACUCACUCGAUGAUAUCCUCAAUGCCAUAAUCAAUUCGGACGGAAUGUCGUUCAACGACUUGAAACCGAUCUACAAAGAGUUCUUGCUCAAACUGGCCGUCACGCUAACCAAGGACGAGCUCUACCAACGUUCCAAGAGUAUCAUGCGGCGGCAGAAGAAGAAAAAACUAAAGCGGAAAAACAGCAAUGCACAGAAUCAGCGCCGAAAACUUCUGAUCGGCGCCAAAGGUCUCAAGAAAGUUUUUCGCUUCGGUAGAUUUCGAAGCAAGAAGUCACUGGAGCGAAACAGCGACAACGGUGGCAAGCUCAACUCGGCAUUUCUCGACGAGCACGAACUGGUAUCUCGACCGAAUGACGGCAACCGGAAACCCAGCGAUCAAAUUUCGAUCGAGAUCAAGACGGUCGACAAGAAGGAUCGAUCCCGCAUCGGGACGAGCGGGUCUGAGCUUUCGGAGGCUCGUCACGAGCAUACGCACCACAAUCGGAACAGCUCUAGCGGAUAUGUGUCCUGUUCGGAAUGUAGCUACGACUCGGAUGCCUGUACGUGCUCAUCAGCGGACAGGUGCUACUGUAGCCUAGGAGGAGACGACAUUAACGCAAAAUUGAACGAAGCGAGCAACAGGAAUUCGUUGCCUAGCUGUAAAAGCGAUGACAAAUGCUACUGUUCGAUGGGAGAAACUCAAGUAGAGGAUGACGGGUCGACCACCUGGUGCGAUACGGACAGUUGUGUGAGCAACGAAAAGUGCUACUGCCCAACUCGGCCUGGCCAGAUACAGAAGUGUGCUAAGAAAUCUUCCCCUGGCAAGAAGAAGUCCGGCAAACUUGGUUUAGACUACGAGCUCUUCACAGUAGGUGGCAAUGGGCGUUCGGUGAACGCAUCAGAAGCUCUUAGCGUGAAAAAGGCGGUUGAGGUAGCCGCUGUUUUCACCAACGUUAAGUUGAGCCAGACGACGGAUAUCAAAAACAUGAAGAAGAACCAGCAACAGUUACAACUACAAGACCAACAGCAGCAGCAGGCAAACGCCAAGAAACAUCCGUCGAAAAACGAUCAUCACAGUCACAAUCAUCACCACACACAUAACAGCAGCAUUAAUCACAGAAGACACAGCGAGAGCAAACAUGAACAUAAAUCCAACCACAAGAUGUCGAACAAGAAUGCGAUCGUGGAGCAGAGUACGAUUGAUGAGUAUCAUUACAUACAGUCAUCUCAGUCGGACGUGGCCACGCGAAAGCAGCUUGGGGACAAGAAAUCCGCCAAACAGCGAACAACGAAAUCCGAAAGCUACUACCAGGCCUUCGCGCCUCGUCUCGCCGUUGGUUCUUCUCUAGGUUUAGAAGAUUCUCUAGGUUAUUUGCCCUGAAUAUGUUUCAGUAAUUUUUAGAAGUAACGCUUGAAUAUCUCCUAUUUUCUCUGUACUAUUUUUUCCUGACAGUAAACACAACAUCGGUCUCAAAAACCGACAACGACGAAUAGGUGGUUAGUUUACUCUCAGUGAAGAAUUAGUUUCUACUAGGUAAGGAAAAUUAUUUCCAAUCACGAACUUAUCUUCAUUCUGAUCGCGGUCGAAUAAUUGGUGGAAGAUAUAAACUCUGUAUAUUGUAAUUAUCUGUAUGUGUACAUAAUUAGCCACUGAAACUAGAAUAUACAACACUGCGAGCAUCGACAGCAGAGUUAAUGAUAAGGAUUAUACUAAGAAUACUCGGAAACGAUUGACAAAAAAUUUGGCGAGGAAUGACAAAGAUAGACAAAUCAGAAUGAUUUACGUAAGUACCGACAUAGAUUUUCAUUUUAUCAUAAGAAAGUGCAAUACAUUAUUGAUUUUAAAACGACUUAAGCAGGGUAAAAUUAGAGAACGACCUUUAUAAAUUACAAUUUAAAAAAUACACUUUAAGCAAACAAAAUGGCAGAUGCAAUAAGAUUGAAUUCUCGAAUGAUGAAACCAAUCCCAACCAUUACAAUAUGACCAAUCCAUAUGCAAUAUUUCCCAUCUUAGCUCGUAAGAAAACGAUUCUGAACACUGCGCUGCGCUCACAGCAACCAAUACUCGAAGAAUGAGAAAGACACCGAAACAACUCUCGUGCAAUAAAAUCUUCUUAGAAGUGUAACAAAUGUGCAAUGAACGUUAUUUCUUAUUUUCCAAGUUCAGGAAUCUAUCGCAUUUUAAUAAAACUAUA